AAAUCCAACAGCAACAACAGCAGCAUCAACAACAACAACAACCAGCGACCGUUUUAGAGAGCGGAGAGAAAGAAGAGAAGUGAAAACGACGCAUCGUCCAACAUUUUCUCUCUUCUUUAAGCAAACUCAUUCUCUUCGUUUGGAUCUAUUACGCUACGCUUUUUAAUUUCUUUUUUCUAACUCAUAUUUAUCACCAUGUCCUAGACAUCACUCCUUCACUCCUUGCUUUUACUUUCUGUUUCUGCUUCUUCUUCUUCUGUUUUACGGAUCCAAAAUGGUGGUUUCCGGGUCAAUCACGCCUGGACAGGUGUCAUUUCUGCUCGGAAUAAUCCCAGUAUUUGUUGCAUGGAUAUAUUCAGAGUUUUUAGAAUAUAAAAAACAUUCAUCUCAUUCUAAAGUCCAUUCAGACACCAAUCUGGAUGAAUUGGAAAAGGAGACUAUCAAGGAAGCUGAUCGUGCUGUUUUGUUGGAAGGAGGCCUCACAAGAUCAGCUUCUGCAAGGCUUCAUAGUUCGUCCUUUAAAACAAACAUGAUUAGAUUUCUGACCAUGGAUGAUGCUUUCUUGCUAGAAAAUCGGACAACUUUGAGAGCAAUGGCUGAGUUUGGGGGAAUUCUUUUUUAUUUUUAUUUAUGUGACCGCACCAAUGUAAUUGGUUAUUCUACCAAGAACUACAAUCGCGAUCUUUUCCUUUUUCUCUACCUUCUUCUUGUCAUAGUUUCAGCUAUGACUUCUCUGAAGAAACAUAAUGACAAGUCCACAUUUUCUGGAAAGACCAUACUAUACCUUAAUCGGCAUCAGACUGAAGAGUGGAAAGGAUGGAUGCAGGUCCUGUUUUUAAUGUACCAUUACUUUGCUGCUACUGAGAUUUACAACGCGAUACGUAUCUUUAUUGCUGCAUAUGUUUGGAUGACUGGGUUUGGUAACUUCUCCUACUAUUACAUUAGAAAGGAUUUUAGCCUUCCACGCUUCGCUCAGAUGAUGUGGCGGCUGAAUUUCUUUGUGGCAUUUUGCUGUAUUGUUCUCAACAAUGACUAUAUGCUGUACUAUAUCUGCCCAAUGCACACGCUUUUCACCAUAAUGGUGUAUGGAGCUGUUGGCAUUUUUAACAAGUACAAUGAGAUAAGAUCAGUGAUGAUUGUGAAGAUUCUGGCAUGCUUUCUUGUGGUCAUCUUGAUUUGGGAAGUUCCUGGAGUUUUUGAUAUACUGUGGAGUCCUUUUUCAUUUUUACUGGGGUAUAGUGAUCCUGGAAAACUGGAUCUUCCUCGACUGCAUGAGUGGCAUUUUAGAUCUGGACUUGAUCGCUAUAUAUGGAUCAUCGGAAUGAUAUAUGCCUAUUGUCAUCCCAAUGUUGAGAAAUGGAUGGAGAAAUUGGAGGAAUCCGAACCCAAGAAAAAACUCUCAAUCAAAACAGGCAUUGUGGCAAUUGCUUUAUUGGUUGGUUACUUAUGGUAUGAAUGCAUCUACAAGCUGGACAAAGUUACAUACAACAAGUACCAUCCAUACACUUCAUGGAUUCCCAUUACUGUUUACAUUUGUUUGCGGAACUUCACUCAACAGCUUCGGAAUGUGUCUUUGACUCUUUUUGCGUGGCUUGGCAAGAUAACUUUGGAAACCUAUAUCUCGCAGUUCCAUAUCUGGUUGAGAUCAAACAUUCCUAACGGACAACCCAAGUGGCUCCUUUCUUUUAUCCCAGAAUACCCUAUGCUCAAUUUCAUGCUUACUACUGCUAUUUAUGUCUUGGUAUCUCACAGACUUUUUGAAUUAACCAAUACACUCAAGAUAGCUUUUGUACCUACAAAAGACAAUAAGCGGCUGCUGUCUAACUUUCUCGCCGGAGUUGCAAUUUCUGUGUGCUUGUACUGCGUUUCACUCAUUCUUGUCUUGAUCCCUCAUUCACCAGCCUGAAAAAUUAAAGUGAAAGUUGCACAGGGGUUUUGUAUUGAAGAAUGCAAAAACAAGUAUAGGUUGAGUGAAAUAAGGGGGUUUGGAAAAAUGUUGCUCAAUGAUAUACACUUACCAAGCAAAUGUUUCGCGAUUUUGGGGAAAGAUUUGCCUCCGUUACCAUGGCGAAGCCAAAAUUAGAUGUUCGAUUUGGGAGAGGCCGGCAAGUGGCACAGAUAUUUUUUUUUCUUUUUCUUGUAAUAUUGUGAAUCGUUAUAUAUCAAUUUUUGUCCCUCAUUUAAAAAAGAAAAUGUAGGUUCCUGUGAUAUAGAUUUAUCGUCUGGCAUAAAAAAAAAAAAAAAA